AUGUCACUUGAGUUGGAGUAUCCUGUUACUUUGCCAGAUGGACAAACGUUCAAACAACCAUCAGGAUUAUUUAUUAAUAAUGAAUAUAUAAAAUCCGUUGCUGGUAAAACUUUGGAUUCAAUUAAUCCCUCUACCGGAGAAAUCAAUGGAUCAGUUUAUGCUGCUGAAAAAGAGGAUGUCGAUAUUGCAGUUGCCGCCGCUAAAAAGGCAUUGCCUAUUUGGAAGAAGAAGUUUACUGGUGAGGAUAGAGGUAUAUUAUUGAACAAAAUAGCCGAUGCGUUUGUCAAAAAUAGAGAGCUUUUAGGUGCCAUUGAAGCUUGGGACUCGGGUAAGAACAAAGAAACAAACGCUGUAUUUGAUAUUGAUAUUUGUGUUCAAACAUUUAGAUAUUAUGCAGGUUGGGCUGAUAAGAUUUGUGGUAAACUUAUACAAAAUGAUCCAUUGAAAUUGGCAUACACCAUUCAUGAACCAUUGGGUGUUGUAGGACAAAUUAUUCCUUGGAACUAUCCCUUGGCUAUGGCUGCAUGGAAAUUAGCACCUGCGUUAGCUGCAGGUAACACUGUUGUUUUAAAGACUUCAGAAAUCACUCCAUUGUCAUUGUUGUAUUUUGCACAAACUUUUAAAGAUGUAGGUUUCCCUGCUGGUGUUGUCAAUAUACUUUCCGGAUAUGGUGCAACUGCUGGUAGUGCUAUGUGUGUUCAUCCAGAUAUUGCCAAGAUUGCAUUUACUGGAUCCACCGCCACUGGUAAAUUGAUAUCCAAGAUGGCUUCCGAUACAAUGAAAUUGGUUACAUUGGAAUGUGGAGGUAAAUCACCAUUGAUUAUUAGAGAAGAUGCAGAUUUAGAGCAGGCUGUCAAGUGGGCAGCUGUGGGUAUCAUGUCCAAUCAGGGACAAAUUUGUACUUCAACCUCAAGAAUCUAUGUACAUGAAAAAAUUUACGAAACUUUUUUGACCCAGUUUGCGCAACAUGUUGAACAAGAGUAUAAACAAGGUACAAUGUUUGAUCAAGGGUGUGUUGUUGGACCUCAGGUUUCUAAACAACAACGCGAUAAAGUUUUCAACUAUAUUGAAAUUGGUAAAGCUGAAGGCGCACGAGUUGUUCUUGGUGGAGAAAAGAAUGAACAAGGUGAAUUUGCUAAAGGAUACUACAUCAAGCCAACUAUAUUUGCCGAUGUUCAGCCAAAUAUGAGAAUAGUUAAAGAAGAGAUUUUCGGGCCAGUUGUAUCAGUUGGCAAAUUCUCUAGUGACGACGAAGCAAUUACAUUGGCCAAUGAUACAUCCUAUGGUUUAGGAUCGGCAAUUUUCACCAAGGAUUUAGAAAAAGCUCAUAAAAUGGCUGGUGAAAUUGAAGCUGGUAUGGUUUGGAUUAACUCUUCAAAUGACUCUGAUGCUCGUAUACCUUUUGGUGGUGUUAAAAUGUCUGGUGUUGGUAGAGAAUUGGGUGAAUAUGGAUUGAAUAUGUAUACUCAAGCAAAAGCCGUCCAUGUUAAUUUAGGUCUUAAAUUAUAA